AAAGUGAUGCUACUUUAAGUAGUUUAAGUAUGAAAAGCAGUGUUUUUUGUGAAAAAUUUUUACACGAAUUGUUUGAAAUAAUUUUUCAUAGUUCAAAGUUAAUAUCAAUUAUUGAAAAGCUUAAAAUUGCCCUAAGUGGAACUGAUCAUUUGAAUAUUCAAGAAUUCGUGCUGACUUUAUCAACGUUAGCACCUUCCAUUGAAUUUUCUGAUUAUAACGGCAAUCUGCCGGCUAUUAUUACAUCACAACAACUUUUAUCUUUUACCCUUAUAGAAAUACAGAUGAACGCUCAAAUAUUGAAUGCCAUUAAGCAAUGUUUUAGAACUUCCAAAUUCAAUCAAGUUUAUCAACUCUUACAUUACCUCUUAUUCCGUCAUUGUGAUGGAUUAAAAGAUCAAAUUUAUCAACUGUUAAUUGAUAAUCCCACUUCAUUAAAAGUUAGGUCCUUGAGAAUAAUUGGCAAACUCACGGAAUAUUCCUUAUUGUUACAAAAAAUUGGUUCUCAUGUAGAGAAUUUGGUCAUCGAAUUAUCAUUUACCACGAUGAAAGAAAUGCUUUUGAGAAUGUUAUUAA